UCGUCUGACCCUGCUUGCUCACUCUAUUUGCCUCGAAGGAGAAGACAGCGACAUCCAUGGAGCAGGUGGACCUCGCCGUGCAGCAGCGGCAGGACGACGCGCCUCCGGCGGUGACGCUCCGGCCGCUCGGCCUGGCGGACGCCGACGACUUCAUGGCGUGGGCGUCGGACGAGCGCGUGAUGCGGUUCCUGAAGCGGCCGCUGUGCGCGACGAGGGAGCAGGCGGUGGCGCAGAUCGGGGACACGGUGCUGGGCCACCCGUGGUUCCGCGCCAUCUGCGUCGCCGGCCGCCCCGUCGGCCAGGUCUCCGUCUGGCCGUACGCCGACGAGGGCGGCCACAGGGCCAACCUCGGCUACGCCCUGGCGCACGGCCUCUGGGGCCGAGGCAUCGCCGCCGCCGCCAUCAUCCAGGUGGUGGCGAGGGUGUUCGACGAGCUGCCGGGGCUGGAGCGGCUGGAGGCGGUGACGGACGUGGAGAACGUGCGGUCGCAGAGGGUGCUCGAGAAGGCCGGGUUCAGGAGGGAAGGCGUGCUGCGCAGCUACAUCGUCCGCCGGAGCGGCGAGGUCAUGGACGCCGCCAUCUACAGCUUCCUGGCGUCCGACCGUCCAGCGCACGAGAGGGAGCGUCCGUUGUAAGGGUGGUUUGCAAACAUUUAAACACCUCAUAUCGCACGAAAAUCGAUCAAAAUUAAAAAAAAAGUUGUGCAAUUGAACUUCUCAACUUGUAAUUAAUUUGAUAAAAAAAUAAUUAUUCCCUUUAUU